AUGAAGGACUGGCAUGCCUCUCCUCAACUCCCGCCCCCCCCAAAGAGGAAGAAGGCCAACAAGAUCAUUACUGAUCUGACCAACAUCACCCAGGACGAUGAAGAAUCGGACCCCGAGGCAUCAGAGUUGGAUCUGGGCACCAAGAUCAAGACUCCUAAAGACACCAUGCUGGAGGAAUUGUCUCUUAUGACCAACAAGGGAUCCAAGAUGUUCAGGAGGAGACAACAGAGGGUGGAGCGCUUCAUUGUCACCAACGAGAAUAUGCAGAAUCUCCAGAGCCUAGUUCCGUCCCUGGGUUGUGAAAUUAUGGCCCCGCCACCCGAGCCUGAACCUGAGCACGUAGAGGAGGAGGUGUUGGAUAAGGAGGCGGAGAAAGAGAAGAGGAGGCAGCAGUAUGUGCGUACUUAUGUGUCUCCAUGGGAACGGGCCAUGAGGGGAGACGAGUCUCUGACUGCCACCAUGCACCACUGCAUGGCAGGACCACACCCCCCCCACGAAAUGCCCAAGUUUAAGAGCUUCAACAGGUCGGCCCUGCCCUAUGGCGGCUCCGAGAAGGCGAGAGGCCACAUGACCUUCGAGCCUCCUGAGAUCCCAUUUGAGCUGGAGCCUCUCCCUUCCCUGCAGGCAGACAUUAGGUCCCGCCCCUCGUUCAACCGCACCCCCAUCGGUUGGGUGUGCAACCCGGAGGACAACUCACACAUCCACAAGCAGUUGGACGACAUGCUGCCCUUCGACGGAGAGACGGACAAUCUGUAGACACACACACACGCGCACACACACACGCGCACACACACACGCGCACACACACACACACACACACACACACACACACACACACACACACACACAC